UUAAAAAGAAAAACGGCAUGUGGCUUGAGCCCAAUUAAGCACUGUGAUACUGAUAACUAAACUUAAAUGGGUUUUGGGUGUGAAUUUUGUAGAUGGCAAUGACGGAUCAGAGCCUUGAGUUGCAGGAGUCCGGUUGGGAGGAGCUGAGGCGUGAAGCUCGUAAGAUCGAGGGCGAUCUCGAUGUCAAGCUCUCCUCCUAUGCGAAGCUCGGUCCCAGGUUCACUCAAGGAGGUUUUGUGGAUUCUGGUUCACCAUCUGUUGGUUCCAAUCGAUCAUGGAAGUCUAUGGAAAUGGAAAUCCAAUCUUUACUGGAGAAAUUGUUGGACGUUAAUGAUUCAAUGAGUCGAUGUGCUGCAUCUGCAGCACCAGCUACCUCCAUAAAUCAAAAACUAGCAAGACACAGGGAUAUCCUCCAUGAAUUUACACAGUCUCAGCAGUUAUGGUCAAAUGCGGUCAAAGCAAUCCUUACUGAAAUUUGGUUGGAAAGGAAUCAGAGAGUCUUCCAAGAUAAAUCACUUCUAUGGAUGGAUCCUUUUGAAAUCACAAAGAUUGCUUCUUGGUCCUCUCUCUCCAAGGAAUUCAAACGGAUCAAAGGAAACAUUAAUUCAAUGAGGGAACAUGCAGAACUUUUGAAUUCUGUUAGGGAUGACAUCAACGAGUAUAAGUCACCUGGAACCAUGUCUCCGAGGGUGCAAUUACUGCGGGAAAGAGCUGCUAUUCAUGGAAGUAUUGCUCAUAUGGACGAAGUAAUAAGUCAAGCCCAAACUACAAGGGCAGUCUUGGGAAACCAAAGGGCCUUGUUUGGAGAUGUUCAAGGAAAAGUGAAGCUUCUAAGUGACAAAUUCCCAGUUAUACGUGGCCUUCUAGGUUCAAUUAGAAGAAGGCGGUCAAGGGACACAAUUAUUCUGUCUGGAGUCAUUGCAGCAUGUACUUUGUUUCUCGUUAUCUAUUGGCUUUCAAAAUGAUUAUAAAAGGCGUGAAUUUGAAAAUUUGGAGUUUUGGUUUUGUAACUGUUUUAUUUUUUUUAUUUUUAUUUUUUUUAAUUUUUAUUUUUAUUUUUAAGUAAGCAGCAUCGAGAUUGAAGAUUUAUAGUGUUUCUUGUGCCAUUAAAUUAAAUUCGGAUGUCUUUUUCUUUCCUUCAA